UUUUCUAUCAUUCCUGCUGAUGAGGAAAGCGAAAUCGGCCUGCUCCGAAAUUCCAAGAACGUUCGCUCCACAAAGGCCAUUGAAGCUAUGCCAAACUCAAUCAAAGCCAAAAAUAAGAAUGCUUCUGACGACCGUCAAAAUACACGUAUUAAUAUGCAAGAUCAUAAUGAAGGGCCUGAGGAUGAGGACGUGGAAGAUCUAGAUGAUUCACUGGAUGGUGACAUAGACAUUUUCGCAGAAGAUGAUGAAUUUCUUGAGCAGAUAGGCAGUAUGAAAAAUCGACUAGAACCGGUGAGCUUGAAAUGCCAUUUUAAAUAA